AUGCAUGAUAAGAGAUUUCGCCACGUGCCAUGACGACUUCAGUCUGAAGCCACCAGAUGGCGUUUUAAAGGACCAUACAUUUACAUGGCUAGGAUUUGUCCAAUAUGUUCAUGUAACAACAGGCCUGCCUCAUCACAGCAAGGCUCCCAGGGUGGUACUCAUCCACAAACAGUUUGCCGCAGGCACAGCUACCGACCUCUUAAUAUUACCAAAAAACUAUAAAUUGGGUAAUGUAGUGUUUGGUGACUAUGAGCGUGAUGAGGAGGAUUGUGGAAUGACUCGCAGUCAGGUGAAAAUGGGCCUGCAAUGCUCUCGAGCGUAUAUAGAAAUGCCCCUAAUUGAUAUAACACCGCAUCCAGAAUAUUCCAAAUUUGGUGUUGGAAAUAGUUUGGCCCUUAUAAAACUCAUUCGUCCGGUCAAAUCGAACUAUAUGAUACCGAUUUGUCUACCAUCGCUUACGGAACGGGAAAAAAAAAGAAGAAACAAAUUCGUGUUCAUGGUCGACUACUUAAGUUCUGUUCCAAGAGAUUUUGAUUCGGAAAAAAUGGCCAAGAAAAGUUUAAAAAUGUACACACAUAAAGAAUGCAGGAGACAUCGCAUGCGUUCGAAAUUAGGCAGUGAGGGAGUGACGCACGUUUUAUGCAGUUCAGGGUGUGGAAUACGACCUGGGGCUCCUAUAGUCAGUCACGCAGCUGAGGGGACAUUCCAAUUAAUAGGAAUUGCAGCCGGCGGAGCCCCAUGCGCUCGUCGCGCUAUGAGACGACGUCUGAACAAAGAACCACCUCUGUAUAUUGAUGUGUACCCCUACGUUACUUGGAUUAUCAAUUUUAUUACCGCUCAUGUUUUGCCUCGGCCUUACCCGGAACACUUUAUGCUAGUUGAAGGGGGAACGAGUAUCGGCAUUCAUCAUCAGUACCUCAGAACAAGAAGGAAACAAAAGGAAGGAUGGAAAGCACGUACUUAUGUUUCAGGGGACUAUUGUUAUAAGAGCUUUAAAAAACAACGAGCUACAGCAUUCUUCUAUUCAGAGAAAUUUGAAGUAAACGCUAACCCUCCUGCAAAGUUAUCGAUAUUCAUGCAGGUAUCAGCGGGCGUCGAAUGCACAAUAGUAUGCGCUCGUCUUUUGUUGCCAAAUCGUUUGGUCAUUCCGUUCAUAGAUGGAGUCGGAGGCUAUAAUAUAACUAUUUCAUUUAGCUCUUUCUGGUUCCCUUACACAUUUUACUUUUCACUUGGUUUGAACGGAAAGAACACUACGGAAAAAGAUUUCAGGAACUGGAUCAGUGAAAGAAAGCCUGGGUAUUGGUGAAACCUUCAUGGUUUACAACAUAAAAAAAAACUAUUUUAGGGACAGACGGUAUAAACAAAAAACUUGGUUAAAUAUUUAAAUCGUAAUUUUUUAACUUUGAAAGACAUAUUUAAGGGUUUAAAAUAAAUCAAAAUACCAAAAGAGUUCAUUCAAAUUUACUUUUUAUUCGUCCUCUUUGAAGCCACCCAAGUUUUAUGUAAACAAUAACAACUUCUUGUUAAAUACAGAUUAUAUUUUACUAAAUUUUCAAAUGAGUUGUGGAAAUUUACUAAAUCUUGAACCUAAUUAUUA